GACACAACCGCCUCACCUCAUCUGAUACAACGCCUUUGAAGUUCUUCCCCACGGGACAUGUCCCAAACCUGAGAUGCCGUUGUCGACAUCUGCUAACAUUCAAUACAGUUCGCGCAAGCAGGCUUGUCUACGCCAAGCCCCAGGACCUCCCUAGCUUCCCUUCUGUAGGCCUAGACAAAAACGGUGCUGCCGCCAGCGCAGCUGCCACAUUAGGCUGGGCGAACCAGAAGUCUCCGGAACCGUGGAAGCCAGAUAGCUCUGCCUCCGCCUCAGCCGCUGCGGUCCUCGCGAAGAAUUACAAGAUGGCGCCCCUUUGGGAACCUCAAGCGAGCAACCAUGGCGCAAAGGCUGCGCUGCUUGCAGCUCAGGGCGCAAAGUCCACAGACGCUUGGAAACCCGCGGCGACCGCGGAUGGCCAAUCCGCAGCAACCAUGGCCUUCAACUCAAAUGCGAGCAUCCCGCGACACAUGCAGACAGAUAACAUGCAGCGGCACGGCUCCCUGCAUGCUGCGCAAGGUGCGAUUGCGAAUCGGCAGCGGGCAAUCUCGACACCGUCCCCGCGCCCGAACUAUCCUGAUGAGGCCAAUGCGGCCUCCAAUGCCCUGGCUGCUGCUACUCGGGCACACAAGCCAAAUGGGACACCAACUGCGACUCCAGUCGGUGGGGCCGUUCCCUACACGACCAUGAACAGGCAGAUGUUCACCUCAAAUCCCCCCGUCAAGGUUGAGACCACUGAUCAGAACCGUGCCGAUGUCCUUCAUGCUUCCGCUGUGGCCAUGGCGAAGAAGAUGUACAAUCAGCAGCAGAAGACGGUGGAGGCUCGAUUGGCAAAAGCGGAGACCUCAUCGUUCCGAGACGGCGACAGUGAUGAUGAUGAGCCACAGCCAAUGGUCUUCAACAGCUUGCAGGAAGCUGCCUACAGGCAGGCGCAAGCGCGCCUUGCGAAAAUUCACGAGGACAACAAGAAGUUGCGUGGGACCCGUGACUCCCAGGAGUACUAUGGUGUUACCCCAAGCUCGCGGCGAGGCACGAUCCGGGACAGACUUCGCCGGCGAGCUUCUAGUGAUGGUGCACUCACUGAGGACAAUCUUCGAUCGCAGCAGAUUAGACACGAGAUGUCCAUAUUCUCCAAGACCCUCCAAACAGUUGACGACAAGAAGAGGCAGAAAGAUCAAGAAGCCCUUCUUGCUGCCGCACACAGAAAUGUCCAGGCGAAAUUGAAGGGCAUGGACGCCAAGAUCACUGCUGAGACUGGCAUGGUUCAACCCACGAGUCAUUGGGAGCACAAGGCUCAUGCUGCGGCGCUCCUGCGGAGCGAGGGACGGGCUGACCGCGACAAGGGCAAGGUGGACAUUGGUGCUGGCCUGCGCAUGGAUCAGGAUGCCAUUGAUGCCAUCGCCGCUCGCCGUGUGCAGCCUGUCUUGGACGAAAUCAACGAGAAGGCCGCAAAGGAGCACGCCAGGUUGACAGAGUUGCGUCUUGAAGAGGAGAGACAGAAGGAGGAACAGGAGUUGGAAAAAGCACGCAAAAAAGAGGUUGAUGAUAUCAACAGGAAGCUCAAAGAACAAGACAAACAGGAACAGAGAGAGCGCAAGGCGGAAGAGAAGGCAGAGGCAAAGGCCAAGAAGGAGGAAGAACGAGCGAGGAAGGAGGAAGAGAAGGCCGCCAAGGCUGAGCAGAAGCGUCUCUCGCGCAUCGAAAAGCAGCAGGCGACCACUGCACCUGCAGUCGAGGACAACACUGAAGCGGAUGUGCCCGGUUCGCCAGUUGCCCUGAACAGCAACGAGCAGCUAGCCAAUGUUCCUCACAGCCCAAUCCGCGAGCCAGCGGCCAACGAGGGUGAUCGAUCUCCCGAGAGUCCAAAGUCGCCAUCAGAAAAGUCUCGAGGUCGCGUCCGCAGCUGGUUCAAGUCCAGAUUCGCAAAGACAGACUCCAAGUCUCGGGAGCGGAGCCAAGACAGGAACAGUAAAACUUUUGUUGGUGGUGCUGCUUUGACUGGCAUGGAAGCCAAUGACAGCACGGUCAGUCUUGACAACCGGAGCGCAAGCAUGCACGCCGUAGCCAUGGCUGGUCGUGGCCGCACUGGGCACCCGGAUGAAGAUGAGGAGGAAGUUGUCUCGCCGCUUUCCAGCUCCAGCGACGAGGAGUUCUUCCGGGACGCCCCGAGUGAGCCAGCGACUGCACUCACUCCCCCCAAGCCAAUCCGGGACCACGGGUCAGUGGGGAGCCAAAGCCCUGACCGUGCAUCUAAGUUCAGAGAGAUAAUUUAGGCGUAUAUAGGGAUAUUGCCUCUUGGCGGUGGCGUUUGUGGGCGGUAUUUUUUGGUUAUAGUUGGCUUAAAGUGCUUCUUGAACGAUGACGAGCAAUCUCAUUUUGCGUUAGUACUGGAUAAUGAAAUAAUUAGCGAUUGGAUACCACUCAGAAUUCGUCUGGAGCCCCCAUGACCAUGGUAUAUCAUUAGCUGUACCGCAAAGGGGACAAGCUGAAUAAUGUAGAUCCAGGCCACCAAGUACCUGCCCUGUUAAAAUUGAGCUUCGCGCCUCGUUCGCAC